AGCCCCACCAAAUCCUUUGAUUGGCCCAUCAGAUAUUUCUGUUUGAUUUUGAAGCGCCAUUUUCACAAUUUAAGCAAAUACUCGGGCCGAACUCACAAGUGAUCUGUAUAGCAAUCAGACAUAGCUGACUAGUACCCAGUACCAACGACGACUAUAUAUUCAAUAACAGCUAUUCACCAUAUCUCCAUCAACACUCAUCAACCAAGACAUGACAACCACUGCAGACACUGCCAUGGUUGUGGGCCAGCAGCCGCCAGUGCAGCACCAGGGAGACAGCAUUGCUCAAAAGCAGUCAUUCAUGUCUCAGACAGCAGAACAUCUUCAACCUCUAGUGCCUGAAGAGCGUUUGCAGGAACAGCCGUUUGUAGCAGAAGGAACGACGGUUCUGCCAGUGACGGUUGAAGCUGCUGCUUUUUCUGCUGUUCCAAAGGAACCCACUGAGCCUAUUGCUGCAGGCAACGGCAAUGCAGCUGUUCCUAUGCUUCUGCCUCCCCAAUCAUUAGAGACUCUUGGAACAAUGAAUCAGAAACUGUCAGCGACUGAAGCCUCUUCCAUAAACUUUAGCAUGCAAGAGCAAGAAAAUAGCUCAAUGUUAGGAUUUCAUACAACUACUGCCCUGCAACCUGUUAUGCAGGCAUCUGCUCCUUUGCUCGGUGCUGAUUAUCCAAAGCCUAUAAUGAACCCAUCUUCAACUAUACAACCCCAUCCCGCUACAAAUGGCUUCAAUGGUACAUAUUCCCUGGAAUCUGAUGCGCUACCAGCUUCUUUUGCUUCAUUGGGAGAUAUCGCCCAUACUACACCUGCCACGGAUAUGAGUUCAACUAUGGGAAAUCACCACACUCAUAACAUGCAUCACACCCCAUCUGCAACUAGUUUUGCCGAUGACGCUUCAAUGUAUGAUGGAUCGUACAGCCAUCAAAUGGAUAAUCAGUCAAUGAAUGGCCACGACAAUGACGAUCAUGAGCGUCAGGGUUCUGUCGAUUUUACAUCUCCGUAUCAGUCCACGUCUGUUCAAUCUAAUAAUACUGCUAUAACUAAAUCAGAGUCAUUUUUAGAUUCCAAAUUGCCCUUUUCUGGCGAACACGCAGCUUCAAACAUGGCAACAGAUUCGUUGUUGCUGUUUAAAGAUCAAAUCAAAUGGUUUUCAGGUUUGACUCGUAACAUGAGAAAACGUAAAGACGCUGUUAUUUUUCUUGUUCCUGUUGAUCCAAUUGCUCUUAAUAUUCCAACCUACUCCACAGUCAUUAAACAGCCCAUGGAUAUUUCCACAAUUGACAAAAAAUUGCAAAACAAGGGAUACUCUGAUGUUGCUACUAUCAAGGCGGAUUUUGAACUCAUGUUCAACAACUGCUACACAUUCAAUGGUGCCGACUCUCAGGUAUCAGUCAUGGCGAAAAACUUGCAGGCUUGGUAUCACAAGGAGUUGGAGAAACUUCCGCUUACUUUUCGUCCACCCGUCGAUCGUAAACCAAAACCACCUCAUCGGGAAUCUCUCACUGGUGGUGAAAAUCGUCCAAAGAGAGAACAGCAUUCUCUUACUCGGGAACAAACACCAAGUGCUAGCAAAAAAAACAAACCUCGCAAGGUGUCUCCAGAACUCAAGUUCUGCUCUUACAUUCAGCGCGAACUUUCAAAAAAGCAUCAUUCUCCAUACAAUCUACCCUUUCUUGUUCCUGUAGAUCCAAUUGCCUUGGGCAUUCCCCAUUAUCGGUCCAUCAUCACUCGACCCAUGGACUUGUCAACUAUGCGCAAAAAACUUGAUAAUGGAGAUUACGAGCAUGCAUCCGAGUUUGAGGCGGAUAUGCGUCUGAUGUUGAAUAAUUGCUACACAUUUAAUCCACCUGGCACUGAUGUAUACAAUUUGGGUAAAAGGCUUGAAGGUGCUUUUAAUAACAAAUGGACAGAAAAGGCAUCGUUUUUGGCGCAGCAUGAUGAAUCCGCUGCCAAACUCCAAAAAACGAAAUCUGCCUUUUCGACUACUCCUCACACAUCUUCUCAUCGUCCUCACGCAUCCUCUAUUUACCCCACAUCUACACCAACCCCUGCAUCAAGGCCAGCAAAUCAGGCAAUGUCAGCAUUUACGCCAACUGCAAAACCACCGACUGCUGCCAAGGCUCCCUUUCAAUCGGCUCAGCAUGACCAGGCUAAAACGCAAAAACCUUCUAGACACGGAAAACCAUUGUCCGCUGCUUAUACGCCUGCUUCUGCAUCUGCAAUAGGCUCUGGUUCAAAAUCGCGUUACGAUGAUACGGAUUCAUCAUCCGAGGAAGAUGCUGACACUCAGCACAUUGAGAUGCUCCAGACCCAAUUAAAUUUGCUAAACACUCAAUUGCAAAUGCUCACUGAUAAGCGAAAUAAGAAACGCAAGCGUAGGAGUCACGGCCAUGUGCAUGACUCUGCUGAGGUUGCCUCUCCUCCAGAGCCUGUUGCUCAAUCUUCUGCAAAGUCACGUUCUCGGACUCGACUCCCUGCACCUAAACCAGAUCGAAGACGGUCAAUCACGAAACGUGCACGCCCCAAUGACAGUGAUGAUGAAAAUGAGCCCGAAGAGAUCACAUAUGAACAGAAGCGGGAACUUAGUGAAAGCAUUGAUUUACUUCCUCAUGAGCGCUUAUGCACUGUUCUUGAAAUUAUCAAAGAGAAUGCGCAAUUGAAUACGACUGGAGAGGAGGAGAUUGUACUUGAUAUUGAUUCGUUAGACAAGAGUGUGCUCUGGAAACUGUACAAGUUUGUUCGCAAGCACACGCGGUCAAUUUCCAAGCCUGCUACAGAAGUUGCUAAAACUUCGACUGUCGCACCCCCCACUUCUAUCACACCCAUGAAGCAAGGAAAUGAGAGCUCAAGCUCAUCAGGGUCUGACUCUGAUGGUUCUGGUAUGCGCAGUCCUGGCAGUGACUAUUAAUAUGGUUGCUGCAUUGAUUGAUAUCUGACGAGAAUUUGUGAAAUGUUUUUCUUGUGGCUAUUCUCAAACUCAGAUUUUUUUGCGGUUUAUCAACUUUUGAAAAUCUGCCUUGUUCUUUUUCCGAUCCCUGUCUACUUUUGAUCGUAUCUAAACUUUUCAUUUCAACUUCUGAUAUUGGGGCAAUUUCAGGUUUGGUGUAGUGUGUAAAUACUUGAAUUUGGGACUACUUUGCUUUUAUCAGGCGAUGCUGCAUCGCUCCUGUUCAUCUUUACACAUUACACUAUUCUGUUAUCGCCAAACCCUCACAUUCUCGAUCCACACUGUCAUUUCCUACAUUUUGCUUUUACUACUAUUAUGUCUACUUCCACUUUCUAUUCUCACACUGCCUUCUCUUCUCCCAUUUGCUUUCCUACUUGAUCCAGCUAUUAUACUUUUCUCUGCUGAUCUUUAAGACUUGCAAUUAACAAAAAGACACCACCCCGAUUUUCAGAAUU